ACGCUGUUAACUGCUGGUCUGGGUAUUGUGUAUUGCUACCGUAAUCUCCGUGUUUUUCACCGGAACAAAGCAACAGACACAGAAUACAACCAACGUUAUUUCAGGACACACCGUCCAUCGCUUUGGGGAGAUGUCUAAAUCGCGGGGCGGGAUGGAACAGGAUAUAGAGCAGCCUAUGGAGCAGACAGAAACCAGACCUGCUGCUACAGAGGGAGCCCCGUCAGAAAACAAAAUGAGAGGCAGUGGUUCGAAAAACAGAGGACGAGGCGGAUGGAUGGGGCGAGGAGGACGGAUGGGGCGAGGUGGGAGGGGCAUGAUGAUGAAGGGACAGGGGCCUCCAGGACGAGAGAGAGCCAGGGGCAGAGGGGGCGCCCUGAACGGAUUCAGGCCCGGAAGACGAGGCAUGGGGAGAAUGCGACCAUUCCCUGACCCCCAUGGUCGAAUGGGGAGGAGGGGUUGUCCCAUGGGUCUGCCCCCACCACCUCCUCCACCCCCCCAUAUGAGGGGACCCUACCCACCCAUGCACAGACAUGGCCUCCCUCCUCUACCUCCCCCUGGACACAUGGGUUUCAGAGGGAGACCACCACACCCUCGGGGCAGGGGCCAGCAUCCCAGACCACGAGUUCCCUUUCAUCCAAGGGGGGUAACAUUGUCACCCUUUUGAAGCCCACGGGAGACGGCAUGCAGACCCUUGAGGAGCACACAGCAAGCACCUAACGGAGGUGAGACUUUUUGUGUACCAUCAUUCUUGCACCGUGAGUUUUAACGGGACGGUCAACCUUUUUCUUAAAUGUCACUGAAAAUAAGAAACGCAUAACAGAAAAAGCGGUCGCUGCGUUAUUCGUUGAUCAUUAGCGGUUUUGCCCCCUGCUGACACGUGUUGUAAUAUGUAACUUUCACUUGCAAACUGAUUUAUUUGUGAUGAGCAACUUAACACAAUUGCACAUCGCUAGGAAUAAAUGAACUGCCUACAUUUUCCUAAUGAAUUACUGUAAAAAUUACUGAAGCAAAUUACCGAAUUAUUUUGGGGGUGCCAGUCUGUAUUGGUACAUUGAAACGUCUAAGAAGUGCUUGCAGAGUGUACACCUUCUACUAUUUUUAAUUCAUUAUUUCCAUGCAGUUCUUUUACAGCCAUUUUUUCUGUUGGCACGUACUGAGUCAUAGGACACCACAAACACAAUGCAAUAGCCUGCGGGGCAGACAGGACUGUAGCAGCUCCGAGUUAUUGAUAACUCAUUCCUAGCAGCUAUGUAUAGGAUCCUGCUGUACACAGUACAGUAUGGCAUUCAUAAUGAUUAUUUAUGACAGCUUGGAAACUUAUAUACUGCAUUGCAAAUGAACAUUAAAUACAUGCAUAAAAUAGUGAUCAAAUACAUUUUUGGACCGGUAAAAAACAUAAAGACCCUGCUUUUGCAAGUAAAAAUACAGAUUUUAGAAGUAAAGGCAUACAUAUUUAAAACAUGCCAGUGUGCAUUUAACAGUUUAUUUCACAUCUUGGAUUAUCUAACCUAAAUUCACAGUAGUACAAGAUUAGUGUUAAUCAGGAUCUAAUAAACUAGGAGUUUUAUUUGUAAAUAGAACAACUAGUGUACAGCAAGUUAUAAAAAGAGUAUAGCUUUUGAAAAGGGUGAUUUUGCCUCAGGCAGUAGAACAGACAGGGUUGACCCUCCCCUUUAACUCCAGUUAUUAAUGUACCAAAGUUUUCUUGUUUUUGAAAGUUUGAUAGGAGCAGACCAAGUGGACCUGAAUAAAUGAAGCAGGUGUUGUAAUAUCUGUAUUGCCACUCAAUGGAAGAAGACAAAUUAGCAGUCCUGUCACUAACUACACAGUGUGCUAGAUUGGAGAUGAAAUGUUCAGAAAUACAUUAAUAGUUACUGAGGCCCAUAGAGAAAUGAUAUUCAGCCUAAGGUAUUCAGCCUCCUACUGCACAGAGCAAUGGUAAACCAACUUGUUGAAACAGAUGACAUCCUUUAAAACAGCCUACCUGUACCAAUACAAGUGUUGAUUUUUGCGUUUACUCCACUUAGUGAUGCGCAAAUAGCUCAUAUAUUAUCUCCUUUUUAAAAGGUUUGCAUAAUUGUUCAGUACUGACCUCUAUUGCCCCCUUGUUGCCACUUCAAUCAACAACAGGUGCUUAUUUCUUCUGUGGAGCCCCAUUCCACAGCGGAGUGUAACACGAGCCUGACAUACUUGUCUUUGAUACCUGCAGUAUGCUGAAGCUUUAAAUAUUUUUUGAGCUGGGAAAGACACUUCAAGGCUACAUUUUAUUUUCUUAACAUAGCCAGCUUAAGACGUUACAUCUCAUUUACAGCAGAUUCGUAUCAGCUGGUCUUGAGGCCUGCCUGAAAGUGAUCAGAAACGUAACAAAGCUGGGUCUACAACACCUGACCAGCUGCGCUGAGCGACAGUACAAGUUGCACAGCUAAGCUGAUAACCACAUUGUCCACUCAUCCUUGUUGCACGUCGGUAAAAGCCUAUUGAAAAUAAACCUUGUGUAAGCUGCUUUCGCUGAGCACUCAAAAGCAUAUCGUAUAAAUAACUUGUUGCACAGCUGCUGCUCACAAAUAUCCACGGACAAGAGUUUUCAGAUUGUGUAGGUGUUAAACAUAUUUGCUAUAUAUAUAUAUAUAUAUAUAUAUAAAAAAUUCCCCAAACAACUUGCCAGUGUUAACAGUUUGCCUGGAGCUGUCACUACCUACCUCAUAUAUGUGAUAGCAGAAAUUGUAAUAUCCAUCUUGUAUCCCCUUGCUAUAUGUUUCUUACAUUUUACUCGCAAGAGAAGACGAUGAAGCCAAUAUAGAGCAGUCCAAAGCAGUCAAA